AUGGGGCGACGCAAGCGUGUAGAGUCCGCGAAGACUGCAGAGAUGCGGCGAAACCAGGGCGAGGACAGGGGAAGAGGAUCCAUGGGCGUGUGCAGCCCAAGCCGUAGCAAUAACAAGAACAGUAGCAUCCAAGCGCCAAGCGGUGGUGGUGGUGGUAGUGACCACGUCUCCCGAAGAGGUUCUUUCGCCGUGCGGGGAGGCGACAUGGCUCGCGAGCACACUAGCAAGCACCUUAGUCGUAACCAGCCCAGGAGUGGGUCCUCUUUCCGUCGCCCUCCUCAGCAGCAGGGUGUUGGCGGCGGCCCGCCACCCAACAGCACCUUGAACUUCGUUCCACCCUCGCAGCAGUACCAGCUUCACUCGUCACACCAACCCUACCCUUGUGCGCCACAGCAAGAACAGCAACCGUACCCACAGGGCAUAGGGUUUCCCUCUACAGCGCACCUGAUGAACCUCAGCAACGGCCAAGCGUGUGGCAAUGAUGGUAGUGCACGUCACCACCACAACGGCUCGAUCCAGCCCGGCGAGUUUUCAGGAAAUCCCUUGGUUGCGCGCCUCAAUGGCCGGCUCCUCUUCACUGCAGUCGGCGCGACUCAGGAGCCUCAGCAGCAGCACGCACCCUAUCCGUCUUCUCCAGGGUAUGACAGGAAUUUGAACUGGUCCACACAAAAUGGUCAGGGGCAGCCGUACCCACCGUACUGCGGCAGCCAUUCGUUUCUGCCGCAGCAGUUCACCACCGUUCGCAAUCUACCACCGCUUCCCUACGUAAUGACGCCUCAAGGUAUGAUGGCGCCGCCACCUCUGUAUCUGCUCCCCAUGCAAGGCUCUCCCCUCAUGGCCUACAUGCCACCGCAGCAGCAGCAGCAACAAGAGCACUGUGAGCAUCAAGACAAGAGCAACCGAGAGGCACCGUUGCAGCACAACGCGAUGAACGGUAACGUCAUGCCUGCGUCACCGCUGGCUCCGUACGGUUCGCAGCAGCAUGUUCUGCUUGAUCGGCCACAGGUGGUGUCACCCCAGCCGACGCUGGUGAGACAUCCGUCGUUCCUUGCGGAGAAGAGCACCGCGACUAGGGUGGCCCCCACUGCCGCGCCGCCGACAGCAGCUGAUCCGCCAGCAGCGGCAACAGCAGCUGGCUGCAUUCUCUUGCCUCGCACACAGAGCAUUCUUAAUCGCGUCUCCAGCUUCAGGAAGGCAGCGCAGCCCGCGUCAAAGGGUGAUCAGGCGCGUCAGGAAGAGGUCCACAUGCAGCAGCGACUCUAUGCGCGGGAGCAGGAGCGACUUCGAUUGCAACAGGAGAUGCAUGCCCGGGAGGCGGCCAACAAAGCUGCUCGAGAAGAGCGGCUGCAUAAGCUACUGCAGCGCCAACCGUCUCGCAACUUCGCACAGGAGUCGACUAGGAAUGCCGCUCCGCGCGUGCUGAUGGAGUCACCCAAGUCGAGUCGCGUCAGCAGCGAUAACGCGUCGGAGGGUCGCCCAGCCCCACCAUCCGAACCCGUGCUCGCUCUAAAGCAGGCGUCUUCUGCUCGUUCGUCAUCGACUCAUCCGACAACCGACGUACCGGCGUCCUCUCAAGAGUCACUGGAUCAUCGGCUGCCCAUGUCGGUUGCCCGUUUGCACAGCCCCGCCGGAUCACACGUCAGCAGGGGGAGCCUCGGCAUGGCUGCGUCGAGUAGUGGGGCGACAGCCGUGAUAGCGAAGGGUAAAGGCCCUUCUGGGGACGCUAGCACUGCGACUGCUGUUGUGGAUGUGCCGGCUGCACCAGCGGUGGGGACGCAGAAGCUCUGGCACCGCUGCCCGUCUCUCGUCCUGUACGAGAUUCCGCUGCGCUGCGCCAAGACGGUGACCGGAAAGGGUGAGGAGCAGAUCGACUGCUCGACGUUCCCGGUGCGACUCGUUGGCAGCAGGCUGCGCGUCAUCGAUGCGGCGAAGCAGACAACGACUGAGUAUGCGAUAGACGAAAUUGUCACACAUCGACAAGGCUCAACAUUUGUAGAGUCAAAGCUUUUCCAGCAGGUCGGCGAAGUGCUGGUCGCUGGAUACAGUGCGUCCGUGCUGAGCCUUGACUCAAAGGGACUUGCCAAGCCCGUUUCCGCCUUUGACAGUGCGGCGUGGCUUGCUAAGCAGCGCCUGCUUAGGAACUUGAUAGGUACGGUGAAGAACAUGCAGUCUACGUACAGCAAGGAGGUUGGCAGCCGCGACUUCUUCGAGGCAGCUUUCUCCUUCGCACUUGUCAAGAAGGUGUCGGCAAAGAAGGCGGCGGAGUGGAACACGACGAACCGUGCCACCUCACAGCGGGGGUACGAGGUGGUGGACCUUCUUCAGACCGAGCCGACGGUUGUCCAACUCAAGAUGCACAGCAGCGUUCUGUUUGGCCACCGCCUCGACGGUGUCGAGUACCGCGCACUGCGCAGUGAGUCAGAGUUCACGAAAGCGCUGGCGAGUGCGCAGGCGAACGCCAACAUCGUGUUGGGCCGCCUGGCCGACGCCGUCGCCGCUGACCCGAACGACGAGGCAGCGGCUAGGGAACAGACGUCUGUCUUUCAGGUGGUAACGUGUGUGCUGACGCACUGUAAGGCUGGUGCCGUGUCGCUGCAGGAGCAGAUGACGGAGCCCGCAGAGGCGGUCUACAAGCGAGAAGCGGAGAGCGAUGUCAUCUCGUCCGAUGACGAAGAUGACGCAAAUGCGUUUGGGGCGUUCCAGUCGCACAAUGUACCGUCUGCCUGCAGCGACAUAAUUAUGAACUGCCUCACCUGCAUCGGCGCUCAGCAGAGCCACGACCUGUGGACCGCCGCACUGGAGCACAGCCAUGGCAUGGCGCCAACUUCCCUCUUUGACACCGCCUUUGGCGGCCCGGCGUACACGGUGGUUCUCGCCAGUAUGGACCCCACGAAGGUCGAGUCUGCCGAGACACUUGUCACGCAGUCCGCGAUGUCCAUGAAGCUGCACCGCCGCCCUCUUAACGGCUCUGCGCGCCGCCUUAUCCGAACCUCCAAGUACAUGACGGCAGUCUUACAGAAGAAAUUGAACCGUGCAAACUGCCCAUCUGGCCCUCAGCAGCGCAGCUGGAUGGCGGACAUCUGCAAGUAUGCUGAGACACUAGACUCGCUCCGUAAAGUGCUGCGCUCCGUCGAAGCAACUCGGCUCAGCGUAUCCGGUUCCGCCUAG